AGUUCAUAUGUACACCCUGUAGUUGGUUGUGAUGAUACUGUAUGGCGAUGAUGUGGUCGUGAACCUGCGUUAGCGUGUAGAUGUUUGUUAGAUGGCGUUUCCUCUAGAUCCCAUUUGUUUGCGCAAUAUGGAGUCUGCUCCGCCGUCGGUACUACUGUGCCCACGCGUGAACGAAAGGCGCGGCGUUCUUCUGGUGGCCCUGACGCUCGGCGAGACGCCGGCGCCACGACUGCUGCCGACACCGGGGGACGUACAGGGCCCUUUGCGAAGCUUCGCCAUUCCUGGGCCCGCAAGAAGACACGGGGGCGCGGCCGUUUUUGCAGAGGAUGCGCGAACUCCUUGCGCUGGUAGCGGUGCCCGGUCAUCGUUUUGCGGGGGGUGGCGGGGUGCGCCUCAGCCUCUCCAGAGCCGGCGGGGCCUGCCUCAGCCUCUCCAGAGCCGGCGUCUCCGGCCCCGGCCGUUGGUGCGCAUUGGUCGCCAGUUGCUCUGCUCCACGAAUUCGGCGCGUCCGUGCUUGUCAGUGUCUGGGGGGCGCAAGCCCGGCCGGGCACUUCUCCUCUUCAUGCAGAUCGGGGGCCGUCUUGCCGCGCGGCCGAUUGUGCCCCCCGGCCCUUUGUGUGGGUGACGUGGCGGGCCUGCAGCCUUCUGGCCCGCCCCGCGUUAGCGGCCCCCUAUUGUGGGGCGGGUCGCGUUGUGCAUGAGGACGGGCCUUCUGGGCCGCUUUGGAUGGUCGAUGCAUCUACGCGCCUGCGACGCGACAACGCCUGUGGCCUGGCGCAGCCCGCGCGAUGUGCCUUGGCCACCAGUAGCGCUAUGACUGUGGAUGGCGCCAAACCCAGACAAGGUGGAACGGCUGCCGCCUAUCUCUGGGGCGAGGGAGCGUUGGGCUGGCUAGUUUGUAUUGUUCUCCUCAGCAUGGAGCCCGCCCUCUUACUCGUUGGUUGCAGCUGGUAACUGGUUGACUGCCAUUGUAGCGAUCUUUGGCCCGUCGAUCUGUUGGACACGUUGGAGCCGCGACGUGUGUGUGGGAAUGGAACAAGAAGCCAGCGGUGAUCCAUUCUGUGUGGCGAGCUACUCACUUCUACCGAGCACAAGAUAUGAGACUGAGCAGGAAGGUCAAUGUGAGAAGGGAGAAGUAGAGAAAGCCGAGAGAUGUUGAUGCCUCAAACAGAAGCACUUAUGACAAACAAGAGAAAGAUAGAAAUGAGAGUGAGGAACUUCAUUUUGCUAUAGGACCUGGCAGUGUCUGGGUCGGACACCAUGCUGACUACUUACUACUUUGUGUAUUUGCUUAGUAUGACUCUGAUGGGUGAAGAUUGAUUCAAGAUCAAGCUCUGCGUCCGGUGUUUGCGACCGUUACAAGCGGGAGCCUCCGCUUCGUCUUCUUUGUGGUUCGUACCGCCUGGUGGAGCCAUGCGCGGAUGGGAUUGUUUCCAUUCCGCGCACGUGCUUUCGCGUCGCGCGGCCGGGGAUCUGAAUCCGCACACUCGCUUCGCCGCCGAAUUUCGGCGCCGGAGGGUGUGCGUUGCAUGCUACAGAAGCGGCUUACUGGCUCCGAUUGUGAAAGAAUGGCGCUUUGGGGCCGCGGGCGUGUUGCUUAAUAUGGCGCCGGGCCGAUGCGUGAGUCAGUCUGGGCCAGCGGGACGAGACCGGCUGGGAACUGCCGGGGCGCGAGCAGGGGGGCGGGCGUCGCAGCGAAUCGAAACGGGCAAUCUCCAGCAAACGGCGCCCCGCCCAAGACGGGCGCAGCGUAUGGACGAACAAGAAGGAACCAAGAGCCGCGCGCAGCGCGCCGCCGCCCGGUGCCCGCCCUCCCCUGGGGCGCGCUUCUUUUUGUCCCUGCCCA